AAAUUUCUGUAUAUUGUAAACUGUGUGCUGGAAGCCUCUCUCGUGCUCUGCCGUCAUCAUCUGGCUCAACGGAAAACUAAAGCACGAGUGAAACCCCAAGUAGCUCUCACUGGGACAGGCAGGCGCGAGUCACGUGACGCAUCUCAUGCUUUCUCACGCGAGCGCGCGUCGUUCCGCCUCAUCCCGUCAUCCUCCUCCAGCCAGCCGUGCAGCUCCGGUGCUGAAAGCGCAGCAGAGCAGAGAGCUGCAGCCAUGAGAUCAGCACCAGCAUCACACACUGCAGACACAGCUGCUCAGCGUGACUAUCACAUCACUGACUACAGUCACUGCUUCUGAAUAUGACCUCAUCAAAACCAGCCAAUCACCUUCAUUUCUCUGCAAACAGCUCGUUCCAACAACAGUAAUUGGUUAGAUGGAGUCACGCCAAGGGUACCCACAUUCCCCUAGGUACAACAAGCCCAAAGCUUGUUGGGAGACUGAGUCCAAAUCCACAAACCAGCAUAAAGAGGACACCACAGCUCCGAGCAGAGGACAUGGAAAUGGGCCAGUACCAUCUGAAGGGAGAGGAACAUCCAAAGCUGCCCCGAUUCAACCAAAAACACUAACCACACCAAGCUCUUCAACGCCUUUAGCUUCUUCGCCAACCACAUCAAAAAUGCUCCUUGUCCAAGCAUCUGCAGCUAAACAGAUUACGACAGUCUCUUCACCAGUCACUGCCAAACAUGCUGUCGGGACCCCUGAGGGUUUGACUCUGCCCCUCCAGACCACAGUAACGACAGGAAACAGGCUGAAGUCCCCGAGCAGCAGCAGAACAGGAGAACUGAAGGCCUCUGCUAGAAGCUCUCCCAAAAAUCUCCACAAAACCACCUCAGCAUCUCAGAUCAGUGCGUCUGCAAACUCUCCAAAGAACCUGCAAAAAACAGCUUUGGCUGCUGCGAUAACAAGCCCAGACUUGCCAAAGAGCGUCCAUCGAGCAGCUCUCUCUCAAAUCCCCAGGGCCACAUCCAGCCCCAAGCUCAGGCCCAGUUCUGCUGCAUUGCUCACAGUGGACAAAACUGACACUUGCAAGAAAGGGGGCAGCAGAGAGGGGGUGCAUUCGCUCUCACCAAAACUGAGAACACAAACAGUGGCAAUCAGUCCACAGGUAGAAAGCAUGCUGCAACCAGGUACAGAACACAGCAAGGAGAAAAGCCCUCAGAGGCAUAGCGAGGAAAAGAAGGGGAGUGGAGAGAUGAAAGGAGGAGAAGACGUCCUUCAGGACAUCCAGGAGGGACAAAUCCCCAAAAGAAGUGACCUCACGCUGCAGGUGGCAUCUAAAUGUCCCGUCUCUCCACAAGACAAGAAGCAAUUAUCACCAGCGGCGACGACCGCCUCUGCAGCACAGUCGAAGGAGAUGGCAGGCAAGGUGGAAACAAAUGUCAUGACCCAAGAGAGAGAGUGUGUCACAGAGAAAAGGAAGAGGGAGGAGAGAGAGAAGGAAGAGCGAGAGAAGGAGAGACUAAGGGAAAAGAUGAAGGAGAAGAGAGACGAGGAAAGGAGAAGAGAGGAACAAGCAAAGGAGGAAAGUAGGAAAGAGAAAGAGAAGGAAGAGAGGAAGAGGAAAGAGAGUGCAAGAGAACAGGAGAUGGACAAAGAGAGGAGGAAGGAAAGAGAGAGGGAAGAGAAAGAAAGAGAAAAGAAGGCAGCAGGUCAGAUCUGUAAAAGCUUCAAAGAUGCUUCAACAAUGACCGUAGAAGAUCACGCUUCUAUCCAAACUCUCGAUGCUGGCCUGCAGACGGACUUGAGGUACGUGGACACUGCAGUCCAGGCUGUUGUAGAGGUCACCAGCAGGUCCACAGCCACAAGUCCAGCCCUGACUCUUUGGCCCUGGAGCCAGAUGGACCCUGACCUCAGCAACCAUGGGAAGACCUCUGGAACCCCUGGCAUGAACUUAGAAAAUGGACUUAGUCCAGAUGCCAGCUCGGAUUCUGACUGGCUGUCAGGUUUAUCAUCACCAACUGCUGCUACAGUGGGCGCAAAGCCUAAAUUUCUGGGCCCACCCCCUUACAAGUCCCCAAAUAGCUACAGACCUCCUUGCCAACAUGUGUGUCAAAUAGAGAUUGAAUUGCGCAGCCAGUCCUCUCUGUCUGACAGCCUGGCUCUGCCCCAGGUCACUGUCAGUGAAGUCAGCCCAACAAGUCACAGUGGACUGUCAUCCCCAGGGUCAGUGGAGAAGGACUCUUCAGCCAGGUCUGGCUUGGAAACGGAAUCCAAGGAAGAGGUGAAAGAGACAGAGAAAUCAGAGAAAGGUCCACCUCCUGAGGUGGUCUGGGACGAGCAGGGCAUGACGUGGGAGGUUUAUGGAGCAGCGGUGGAUAUGGAAUCUCUCGGCUUUGCCAUCCAGAACCACCUCCAGAAGAAGAUCCGGGAACAUGAGCAACGCAUAGGGACCCUGCGCAAGUCCAUCUCGCUCUCCGAGCGCUCUCCUCCUUACAUGAAAGGAGCAAAGAAAAAGAAGAAGAGGAAUGUCUUCCGCUCACUGUUCCACGGUCCUGCCUGCUGCUCGAAGGCACAGGCCAAAGCUGAAGGGGCACAGUGACCCACCAUGUGUUUGCAAACCUUCAAGAGAAGAUACUGGUUGGAACAUUGUCACAGAACAGCACCUCAAAGUCAUUCCAAAAGAGUUCGAGGCAGAACCUCAAACUUGAACUCUAAACUGUCACACACUCUUAUUGAUGUCGAUAGCCAUGUGGGGUUGUGAGGAACAGUUCAUAAACCUUUUAGCUGCUGUGUUUCUACUUAUGCCUUUAUGGGGCUCUGUGAAAACACUGAUGUUAUUAGGUUUCAAAAGUAGCAAAUAAUUUGUUCUUGUGAGUCACUAUUAGCGCACAGUCUGCAAAUGAGCACUUUUCACUAGCUGUAUCUGUAUAAUGUAGCACUUACACUGUAUGUAAUGCUAUGCAUGCCCAGUUAGUUGGGUGUUUUAGCUCACUAGAGUUCACCUGCAGACUGGAACAGGCCUUGGUUGGUAAUAGGUGGUGAUCUGUAGCCAGCCAACGUUGCCUAAACCACAACUUUGGUAUUACAGUCUGUGAUUUGAGACCAGUGCUGAUCCUUGGAUACCUCACAUUUUAAUCUUAGCUGUCCUCCCACCUAAAUACCGGAUUCAGCCUGUCAACUGCGCUAAUAUCGUAGGUAGAGCCUGUAUCCUAAGGAAGCAUGAUUUAAAGUGCAUUUUGUUGCUGUCGGAAACAAAAUCUUGUAUCUCCGCGGUCCUGCCUGCUGCUCAUAGGCACAGGUCAAAGCUGAAGGGGCACAGUGACCCAUCAUGUGUUUGCAACCCUUUGAGAGAAGGUACUUGUAGGAACGUUGUCACAGAACAGCACCUUAAAGUCAUUCCAAAAGAGUUUGAGGUACCAACAAGAUUACAGUAAGCUUCAGCUACCUUAUUAUUAUUAGAAAUAUUAGCAUUUUUCUUUGAAGUACAACUUUAGCACUGCCAGUUUAGUGUUUACGCCGACAGGCAGCGUCUUGCUAAUGAGCUGGUGAGUGAAAUCAUGCUUGUCAAAUCAGGGAAGACACUAAACUCCAAACUCCGCAGUCCUGUUGCCUCCAAGGACAUUCUUACCUAAGCUUGGACAAAAGAGGAACUGAACUGGCCUCAGAUCAGCAGAUCACAGGGCGGAUUCGUGUUGUGUUGUGUUUGAGCACUUUACCUGAAUGUAUACAUGCACUUCAUGAUGUAGCAAUGCCUCAGAGCCACGCUGUACCUGUACUACACUGAUCCACGCAGCGAUUUAAGUUGAUUUGAGAUGAGCUGAAAUUGUACGAUUGUGAUAUGUCAAUUAAAUAAUACAUUCCAAAGAUAAAGUACUUAGUACAG